GGAAAAACCCGAGCCCCAGCCAUUUUGGUCUGAUGUGAUCUUAGAGAAUACGAUCAGUUAUAUAUAUUCAUUUUCACAACUUGAUACACCAUAAAAACUUGUUAUCAUUAAAUUGUACUGACUUUGACGCAACAGACUGUGCUUUUUGUGAAUACAAAUUUGAAAGAUGAAGCGAAUACGGGUAAGAUUUUCAUCGUCAAGGGCAUAAUAAGUGGCAGCAAUAACCAGAAGGAACUCGGAAUGCCCCGUCAGUCAAUGGCGGAUCGGGCGUUGCCGUUGGAAAUUGGAGUUACUUACUUUUAUUUGUACUUAUGUAUUUGUUUAUGUGAGUUCAUAACAAUGGUUUGAAACUUACAGAGUGUAUUUUUAAUUGCUAGUGAGUGGUUUAAUUAUUGAAAAUUAAUUGUAAUAUACUUUUGGCAAUGCAAUAAAUAGAGCUGUAAUAGGAACUAAUCUUUCUUAAAAUUACGUAAGUCAAAUAAUUAAUUUAAAUCGAAUCACGCUUAACUGCGGCUAAACAAAUAAAUAAAAAAAACUAAAUUGUCCAAAAAAUAAUCGCGAAUUUAUCAAAAUUCAAAUAACAAUUUCUAAAAUGUUAUUUUAAAUUAUUCACUCACCGCACUCUCUUACUCUUACUCUUAGAAUUAAUUUAUUAAUUAAAUUACAAUCUGUUUUAUCAAUUAAACCAUUUUAAUUCAUUUUGCCUUUGCUUUUUUAGGAUUAGUAAACCAUAUUUUUCUCCUUUUACUAUAAUUAUCAUGAUGGUUACAUUAAUUUUUUUUAAUGAAUCAAAUUUUGUUAAGUUAAAACAAUAAAAAAUAGUAAUAGAAUAUAAAUGCUAAGGUUGUUGUCACUUUUCUUUUUUAACUCCUCGAAUGGACAACAACAAUCACCUACUUUGAGAAUCACUUGUCUAAACCAUCUUCUUAUUCAAAGGAAAUAUUGAGAUGAUUAAAUAAAUUUUUUAAAUGAAUCUUAUUUAUUUAAACAUUAUUAUCAUUACUCAUUGUCACAGACAAUCUCCAUGGACAUUGUAAUUUUGCAGCAACACCUUUCAAAAUUCAAAACACUCCAAACAUUUGUGAACCCUCCAGCCAGCGCCUUGAGAUUUCAAUGGUUUGCAUGUGCCCUAGAUUUUUGGGAAAAUGGGCAAGGAACAAAGGCGCCAAAUCAGGAGCUUUUUUGUGUGUGUGUGGGGGGGGGGGGGUUGGUGGUCACAGAACAAAUUUAUCGGAGGAAAAGGAAAAUGGGCAAGGAAAAAAGGCACCGAAUCAGGGGCUUUUUUGUGUUUGUGUUUGGGGGGGGGGGGGUUGUUGGUCACAGAACAAAUUUAUCUGAGGAAAUUAAUUCUGUUUAUAUAUGUUUUCUGUAAUCAGAUGUAUCUCUUUUGAAAGAUAAGUUAAAAUAUGCAUUUGGGUGGGGAUAAGAACCUUUUUAUUUUCUAAGUGUUUUAAUUUUUAAAUCAUGGGAAUCAGUAUUUCUCAUACAUCAUGAUGAAAUUGUUCAUUAAUAAAAAUGAAUAAAAUAACAAAAGUUUAAGUAAUUUUCAAGAAUCCCAAAUCUCAGAUUUUCCAAAGCAGCUCCAAAUAUACAUCCCUGAAUAGACAUCAUAUAAUGUCAUUAGUAACUUUUUAUAUUGAAGCCUAAUCUCCAUUAAUAAGUAUACAUAUCAUAGUUAUAUUAUCUAAUUAUUUUUUUUAGGGGAAAGUUCUGUACUUAUUUUUAAUGUGGCUAUAGUGCAAUUAACUUGUUUAUUUUUUUCUCUAUAAGUCUUAUAGAUAAUACUUAUUAGUAAAAUACAAUAAUUUUAUUAAUAAGGUCUGAAUUGUUUUGUUUUUUCCAGGGAAAACAAAUAGGGCGUAGCAUGGCACCAAAAGCUAAAAUUGUGAAAAAAGAGUACCCUAAUGAUGAUGUUCUUAGUAUGACAGAUGGUAAUAAAAUUUUUAAAAUUUAAUUUAGAAAAGAAGUGAUUAUAAUUUAAAUUUUUUAAAAUUUUUUCAAAAUUAUAUUCCAUAUGAUAUAUGGUACAGAAAUGGUUAUUUGAAAAUUUAUUUUAUGUUUGUAAUUUUUUUUAUUUGAAAAAAAUACUUCUUUGGUGAAAACUUUUGUUAUAAAAAAUAUAACUGAAUAAGUAAUUCUUUUAACUUGCAGCUCAUAACAAUCCUUUCCAAUCUCCUGCUCUAAAACCUUCAGUGGAAAUCACUCAGUGCAUAAGCUAUCAAAAGUUUCGGUAUAGUGGCGAAAAUCGACCAGGAAAAAAGUAUCAGGAAAAAGAAUUCAUGACAUUGAAGGUACCUUACUUUUUUCCUUAAUGUGUAUGUUUUAAAUAGAUGGCCAGUCUUGCAUCAUGUUAUUGCCAUGUCAAAAUUUGAACAUAACUUUUACCAGCCAUAGUUUUACUUGAAAUAAAAAUUCCUUCCUCAGGCGCCCUCAAUAAGCCAACUUAAAUUAUUAUGCAUUUUACAACUUUCAAUAGUUAGAAUGCAUUACAUUUUAUUUUAAAAAAUAUUUUGUUUCAUGUUUCUACAGCUAUGUAACCUCUCAGAUAAAGUAGUCCGUGUUGUUAUAAUUUGUACUGAUGCUGAUAAUCGAGAACUAAUCCAUCCAAAUGGACUUGUUGGAAAAGACUGUCAUGAUGGAAUUUAUGAUAAGGAAUAUGCUGUUACUAAGCCCUUAUAUCUUAUCAAGUAAGAAAAGGUCUUGUUUAUUGGUUGAAUUAAGCCUUAUAUAUUUUUGGAUCCUCCCUUUUUUUAACUACAUAUAAUAGCACAGAAAAUAUUAAAAUAACCUACCAAUUCCUUUCUUGAUUUAAUUUUUAAUUAAUGAAUAAUUUUUAACUUAAACUAUUUGUAUUCCUUUAAGAAUCCCUUAUUUGCGAACAGAAAGGAUUAAAACUAAAAAGAAUGAAUAUUCAAAGAUUCAGUCCGUUUUAAGUGAAAGGGCCAGUCAUCUGCCAUCACCAUAUAGAGGUAAUGUAUGUUUUAACUCUCACAUUUUUUUUAUUGCAUAGCUACAUCAAAACAACUAAAUAAAAACAUAAUUUAUUAUUUUGUCUUGUUCUUUGUUAUUAUUAUUAUUUUAUCUCCUCAAAGAACGAUGCUUAUCACAGUGCACAGACAAAUAUACCUCUUCUCGAAAGUUUGACACAACAAAAGUGUGUUUGGGUGUGAUCGUCACUGUCCAGAGCCAUCAAGGACCUUUCAAUGGAUCAUUACAUGCCAUUAGUCAUGUAGUUAGAAAUGCCAGUGAGUGUUAAAUGUUAUUUUUAUAAUUUUUAGCUAUGUACUGUUUCAUGCAUUUCUUUUUAUUAUUAAAAUUUUUUAAUCUCUUGGUCAAUAAUGAUGUUCUGAAAAUGCAGUUAAAGAAAUUCUGAGGGUAUAGGUAAAAGGAACAUUUUUAUAUGAAAUCAACUUUCUUAAACCAUCCUAAUAGAUAUUGCAUUAUUUUUUGCUAAUUUAGGUGAAAAAACAUCACUAAAAAUUUUAAAGCUGAGUCAGGAUAUGGUGCAAGGAUAUGGUGGAUAUAUUGAUAUAUUUACUACUGAAGAUGGUCCAGCUAUUGAACCUGGUAAAUAUUUCUUAAAGGCUAAUAUUAAAAUAGCUCAACCGAAAUUUUUUUCUCCUAAAAUAUUGUCUUUCCUAUAUGAAACACUAUAGCAUAGUGUAUGUUGUGUUUUCAUCUGAAAGUGUUAAGCUAGGAAGAAUAGUUAUGUAAAAAAAGUGCGAGGGCGCUAUCUUGUUAAGUUAUGAUUUACUAGAUGGAAUACAGUUUUUAAUUAAAUUUAACAACUCCGUCUUCUCAGCUUAUAAACCCUUAAGUAUCCCAUUUCAAAAAGUUUAAAUACUGUACCCGAUAAUUUACCAUAUACACUUGAGGUUUAGUUUAGCCACUGCAUUACAAAGAAUCAAUAAAUUUUCUAAACAUUUUGUAUUAUGUUUAUUACAGAUAAAUAUAUAGUCUAUGUUAGCUGCAAGUCAGAUAUUGAUGGUGAAGAGGGUUGGGUAUCUGACAAGCAUCAGCCAAUGAAGGAGGAAAUAUUGUACAAAAGAGUAAUAACUUAUGAGGUACCUCCAUUUGCGCCAAAUCCAAGUUUGGCUCAUCAAAUGGAAGCUACUCUUCAUCUUGAAUGUCCACAGAGUAAUCAGUUUUGUGAAUACAAAUUCUUUUAUGGUCCUCAUGGAGGUGUGUUUUUGUAAUUUUGUAUAGCUGCAGUAUUGUAUUCUAUUAACAAAAUAUAUGGUGUGAAGUAUUGUUUAAUCAGCAUGUUCUCAUUUUAACCCUUUAAACUGUUAUGAUGGGAGAUGAUCUGCUAAGAAUGCUUCUGAAAUUGAGAAAGUAAAUUAUAUAGAUCAAAUUGUUUUCAGUUUGCUAAGUGGGGAUAAUUCUCAUUAAUUAAAUUUUACUUGCACAUAUUUAAAAAUACCGGUAACUAAUAGUAAUAAACUUUGAUGAUUACAUAAUUGUUAAUGGUGUGCAACAUAUUGUUUUUUUUCUUCAAAUUUAUGAUAUAGCAAUAAAGUUGUGCACUGAUGCAAACCCUUCAAAAUCUAAGCCUAAAUUAUUAGAAUUAUUACAAAAUCUUCCAAAUUAAUGCAGUCUCUAAAUGAUAGGAUAAAUACCACUUGAUGAAGUAGAUUUGUUUACUUAUUAUGGAAGCAUCAUUAGAGAGGGGGGUGGGACUAGUUAGGACAUUAGAACCAGACAACUGAAAGUGAGGGAGCAUUGACUAUUAUUUUUUAAUCUUUAUUAUAAUUAAAAACAUUUUAGCUCACCAAGACUAAACAUUUCCAAAACUCUUUUAACUAUAUACUUUAUACACAAAUAUAACAUUCUGUGUCUAAAAGAAUACUUAAUCAGUGUGAUUUAAAAGCAAAAGACGUGUACAAUUAAAAACAUUUUUAAGGCCAAGGUUGCCUCAUGUAAUCCACAUUAUUUCCAGUGUUGUAUCAUAUGAGACCAACAUACUUUCAGAAAAUGUAUAGUGUAUGCUUAUAUCGGCCACUGAAUUCAUGUUCUAUGUGUUUUAUGUAAUUUAUUGAUUGAUUUAAUACUUAUAUAGCGGAAUUUAGUGGAACAUAUGAAAAUAAGUUUUGAUGCCACAGAACUAUGCAUUUAGCAGUUCGUAUGCAAACUCAUUUCUAAACUAUGAUAGCAAAAGGAAAUUACUAUAAAUAUCAACUAUGACCAGUUAGUACAGACUUCUCAGCUAAGUAAAAGAGCUGUUUGGAGGUUGUUAAGUACCUCAGCCACCAAAAUUGAUAAACUUAGUGUGGGGAUAAAGACCAGCUGUUUAUGCAAAAAAAAUAAAAUAAGUGUAAUAUUAACAGUUACGCUGCAGUUUCCCAAAUAAACCUGGUAAAUUUUAAAAAUAUAUAUAUGUAUAUUCCUUAAUCUUCAACAGGCAUUGUGAUUGAGAGUGAUCCACAUUAUAAUGGAAAUAAAUAUUAUACAGAGCAGGAUAUAAAACCUAAAAAAAGAUGUAAGUUUUUAAUUAAAAAGAAUUGAGACUAAUGGAUUAUUGUAGUGAUCAUUUAAAAUAUAACAUCAGUUAAUAGAUCACAAAUUAUAUUAAGUCAGAAUUUAUUCCUAGCAAAUUGUUUCAGCUUUUAUUUCAAUUUCUUUUCCUAGUCAUUCUUAAUAAUAAGAUAUUUUAAAGUUCAUAUGUUAUUCUGGUAAUGGAAAAUUAGCAAGUCCUUCCAUCCAAACUAUACAAAAAAUUUAUCUAAGAGUUACUAAGAGGUUAAAAUAAUUUUUUAAUUCCCUUAGCUGUACAAUUCUACAUUUCAUUUUUCAUUUCAAAUCUUCAUUGUUAAUGGGCUAAAGACUCAUUUGGAUUUCAUUGUGUGGAAAUGUGUUUUUAAUUACCUUUUGUGUUUUCAGUAUUACUGGAGCCCUCAGAAAAUGAUGGGAACACUGAGGCAAUAAAAGCAAACCUAAAGUCUAAACUUACAGCUCGACAAGGUCAAGGUAGCUCAAAGUUUUAGUUUUCUGUUUUUUUAACAUUGUGCAGACACAAAUCAUAGUUGUAACAAUCUUCAUACUCACAGAUGUUGUAAUUUAAUGAUAUUAGCAGAGUAAUUUCUAUGCUAUCUGUAACUUUUUUCUUUUAAAUUUCAUUUUUAUGUAUAAAUGAAAUAAAUGUCUGCAAUCAAAAAACAUUUUGUUGGGACAUAAUACAUUCUUUUAAACUCGCUCUUCAUGUUUAAAGAUUUUUACUGUUCCGGUAGUUAUUUAUAUCUUUUUUCUUCAUAACCCUUAUAAAUAUUUUUUUACUUACAAAUUUUUUAACCAAGUAUAAUUUUUUCAAAACUUACAGUUGUUAAAAAUAGAAAUACCGUUUCUCAUUUCAGAACAAAUUUAUUUAGACACACCAGGGGAAUCUCAGGAGGAAGGCAGCCACUAUAUUAUAGAGACACCUCAGAAUUACACUGGAGAACAUUCUGUACUGAUCCGUCAUCAGGACCCACAUACUGGAGAAUCAUCUUAUCUACUUGACAUGGAUGCUAGCAAAAACCUUAAUAAUAACUUGAACAGUGGGCAGCAGUAUGUUCAGCAGUAUUCAAUUGAUUCAAACUCUCUUUUACAAGGUAUGAAAAGUGUCAGAGGUAAACGAUCCCCCUACCAGCCUCAUUCUCAAGACAUGCAGGUAGUUGCUACUGGUUACUCAGAUGCUGUGCCACCAAAUACCACAGUAUUAAUCUACACCACUAACGGUGCUGGGUUUACUGAGCAAGUAGCUAUUGAUGGGGGGGAGCAGGUGGAAAUUCAUGAGUUAUCUGAUGAAGAAGCAGCAGGUUCUUCUAUAAUAGUCAAUGGUGAAAGUAUAACUAAUGAAGUUGACAAUAAUGACACACAAACCACAGUGGUUCAAAAUGGGACAUCAGAACAGGUGAUCCGCCGUGACUUGAUUGCUGAGAAAAGAUUAGCCAACACAAAAGAAAACUUCAAGUCUAUUAAUGAGACCAUGGCUGAUAGAUCAAGAGGAGUAAAUCAGACUGUCUCAGAUCAUGGCAUAGUGGGAUCUGAAUCAAGGCAGCAAACUGUCAGAACUUCAUACAGUGCUUGUGAUGUUCAUACCCCAAAUACUUCUAAAAAUCCUUCUUCAGAGAGAUUCAGUCCAACUCCUACCUCCUCACCUUCAACCAUCCCUCCUCUUCGCAGAAUGUUGAUCCCUCACAAACAAACAUCAAGUGCCUCUGCUUGGGAAGUGGGCAAUGAAGAUGACCAAUCAGAGUCAUACAAUCUCAUGUUUGGUAUGGAUAAACCACCUGCUCUUGUUAAGCAGGAACCAGCAGAUGAGGAGACUCACCGACAAGUAAAUAAAUAUCCCCAAUCAUCAACUUUCCAGCAUCGUUACAUAGCCCAAAAACAAAUUCAUCAUUUAGAAAAUGGUGGAAAUAAUGCCACAAAUUCAGAAAAGAAUUUGGUUAAAGAGAUGGAGACACCUGGUAAACCAGAAAAUGCUAAUUUGGCCUCAAUGGAAAUAGAUCUGCAAGGUGCUAUUGUAGAAAAUUUACCAACCAUGAAAGUGUUUGAACUAGCAGAGAUUAUAGAAAAAGGUCUUCCAUCAACUACAGUAGAGCAUGGUGAAGCUGAUGGAUAAAACAUAAAAUUAUUAUUAUUUUUUUUUCCCUUCAAAAUUUCAUAUUCAUUUUUGCUAAUUUCAAACAAUUUGGAAGUUUAAAAGUGCUCAAAAUUUUUAUUAGAGGUUGUGUGUUGUUGUUUCUGGUAUAAAAUGUUUCACAAGUCUCAUUAUAAAAAAAAUAAAUGAAAAAGCAAUGGAUUUAAAUUUUGAUUGAUUUUUUAGUUCUACAUUUAUAGUACUAAGUAGAAUUCCAAACUGAAUUGCAAAUAUAUAUAUAUGUAUGUAUUGUAUGGAAAAGGG